GACGGUACCCGUGGUAGAUCAAAACCAGCUGUCGACGUUAGAACACGUUAUUACUGCUGCUGCCGUGUGCUCGAAAAAUACGGCGAUAUCGUUCUGAUAACAGAAAAUAAAAAAAAACGAUACGGAACUGGUAAUACACGUAAGACAAAAUAUAACGAAUAUAAUACACAUUGUUAUUGUUAUCGUAUUGAAAUCAUGAACGUUUAACCGACCACCACCGCCGCGGAAAAUAAUAUCGGAGACAUGGAACUUAGGUUUAUAUUCGUGCUGUCGUUAUGGAUAACUGUAGCCAGUUCAAUGUACAAAAUCGGUAUUGGAAUCGCCGAUGUAACUGGGCCUGCGGCAGGUGUUACCUUUCUGGGAUACGGAAAAAUGGAACAAAGCGGAGAGGGAAUCCAUUUGCGACAGUUCUCUAGGGCAUUUGUAAUUGAAGAUUCAACAUCUAGGAUAGCAUUCGUCAGCAUCGAUUCUGCGAUGAUGGGUGACCAAAUAAAGAAAGAUGUAUUGAAAAAAUUGAAGGAGAAGCUACCGGGCUUGUACGACACGAAUAACCUUAUGCUUUCGUCGACGCACACUCACUCGACGCCCGGAGGUUACAUGUUACAUAUGCUGUUUGACUUGAGCACAUUGGGUUAUGUUCAACAAACCUUAAACUGUUUAGUAAAAGGUAUUACACUGAGUAUUCUGCGGGCACACGACAGAUUAGAUUAUGGACGUAUAUUUGUUAAUAAAGGUGAACUAAUGGGAAUAUCGAUGAGUAGAAGUCCUCAGUCAUAUUUAUUAAAUCCGGAAGUCGAACGCGCUCAAUACGAACACGACGUCGACAAGACCAUGGUACAGUUGAAGUUUGAGAGCGAGUACGGUGUACCACUGGGCGUGAUCAACUGGUACGCGGUACACGCGACCAGCAUGAACAACACCAACAGGCUCAUUUCGUCGGACAACGUCGGAUACGCGUCCGUGCUGUUCGAGCAAAAGAUGAACCCCGACAGUUUCAUAGGCAAAGGUCCGUUCGUCGCGGCGUUCGCUUCUUCCAACCUGGGAGACGUGACUCCCAACGUCAAAGGUCCUCGGUGCCAGAAAUCGGGGAAACCCUGCGACAUUCCCGGACCUUCGUGUGACGUCAACGAACUGUGCGUCGCUUCUGGACCGGGCGAAGACAUGAAAGAGAGCACCAGAAUAAUCGCGCAACGACUGUUCGACAAAGCGUAUGAACUGAUGGCUGAAAAACCAAUCGUCGAGAUUAAAGGACCGAUGAAGUCCAUACACCAGUUCAUGGACAUUACCGCGGAGGAAGUAGACUACGAGAUGCCCGGGGGAGAGGUGGUCAAGGGGAAGGGGUGCAAACCUGCCAUGGGUCAUACGUUUUCAUCUGGCACCAUCGACGGGCCGGGCUUGUUCUCGUUCGAAGCCGGCUCCAAAUCCUCGAACAAUCCUCUCUGGGAUCUGGUGACGAACUUCGUGCCCAAGCCCAGUCCGGAACAAGUGGAAUGCCACGCGGAGAAAUCUAUUUUGAUAUCGACCGGAGAAUUUAAUUAUCCGUUGGCUUGGUCACCGAAAAUAGUUUCCACUCAGUUGGCCGUCAUCGGGCCGUUGAUCAUAGCAUGUGUCCCGGGCGAGUUCACGACCAUGUCGGGGAGACGUGUGAGAAAAGCUGUCAGCGACGUCCUUUGCGACGGCUCGUGGUGUACAGUAGUGAUCGCUGGGCUUUGCAAUUCAUAUACCGAUUACAUAACCACACCCGAAGAAUACAAGCUACAGCGCUACGAAGGUGCUUCCACGUUGUUCGGGCCGUACACGUUGCCUAUUUACCUGAAACAAUAUUCGAAACUGGCCAAGGCGCUGCUGAGCGAUGACGUCAAACUGGACCCAGGGCCUGAACCGACCGAUCUGAGGUCAGAAGUAUGGUCGCUACUGCCGUCACCCAUGUUCGACACUCCGAUGAGGCGUCACAAUUUUGGAGACUGCAUCGAACAACCCCCGUACUCGGCCACGUGGGGCCAAACGGUUAAAGCGAAAUUUGUGUCCGGCCAUCCCAGGAACAACCCCAUGUUGGAGCAGACGUUUUUGACGGUUGAACUGCUCACGGACGAUCUAAACUGGAACGUCGUCGCCACCGACGCCAAUUGGGAAACCGAAUUCAAAUGGAAAUCCGUUUCGUGGCUUUGGGCCAACAGUGUAGCGGAGGUCAAAUGGACAAUACCCGAAAACACUACACCCGGGCUCUACCGCAUUAGGCACUUUGGAUAUUUCAAAAUGUACUUUGGAGGCGGCAGGCUCGGAAAAUUCUUUGGCACUUCGGAAACGUUCAAAGUGUCGAAGAAUUAGUGCGAAACGUCGGUUUUGUUUUUAACACACAGAUACAUCAUCAAUUUUUUUUUUCCAUUUUACCUGAGAGUAUGUUUGGUAUCAGUUCCUGGCUAUAAAAUUGUUGAAAUAAGAAACCCACUUUUCCGCUCCAAAAGUCAAUUUUUAUUUACACAUUGUUUGUCGGUGUCGUCGUGUUACGAUUAUCGUAUACAUUAUUAUUAAAUCAUAAUGUUAUACGCGUUUAACACGAUAUAAUUCCAAAUCCGCUUAUUAUAAUAAUAUUGUGAUGCCGUCAACACUCAUCAUAUUUAUACUGGUAAUCCCUAAUAACCUAUAUUAUAAUAACCAUGUCGACGAAACAAAAUUUGUGUAUUCAAAAUACUUAUACCUAUAUUGUUGAUUAUUUUGUAAAUAUAGGCAAUAUAGAUCUAUGAUACGUAUACAUGUAAAUCAACAUAUUUAUCAAUAUACUGUUCGAUAGCGUGAAAAUUAAAAAAAAAAAAACAGUUAACAAUACUGAAUAC